AUGAAGUUCUUCGCAGUUGCUACCCUCAUCGCGGCCACCGCCAUGGCCGGUGCUGUCCCUCGAAGCUACCAGUGGAUCAGCCACAACGACCGCUCAGAAUCAGGACUCGGCAGCUCUCUUGCUCAGAAUAGCUGCGGAACGAACAAUGUAAAGUGCUGCCAGGGUUUCAGUCCAGAGCAUGGCCUGUCCCGCCAAGAUGAGAGUCGCUUCCGGGCCGGAUUGGGCGAGGGUGUACCCGGCGAAUUGCAAGGUGGAAACAACUGUGGCCCUUGCGGCAAUGAAGAAGGAUCUCGGAGCGUUGCCUGCUGCUCUGAAGGCAGCAAUAACCUCAUCAGCCUCCCAUGCAUUGCCAUUGGGCGCCUGAUGUAA